AUGAACACGACGAUCGAGCUGGGAACGAACACGACGAACGUCGCGGCGGGCUGCGCGCAGUGUCGGAUCUGCCUGGAGGCUGACGAGCCCGGAGGCGCGGCGGAGGUGACUGCGUCGGCCGGCAUGAUCGCACCGUGCGGGUGCCGAGGCAGCAUGCAGUACGUCCACGCCGAGUGCCUGAAUACGUGGCGUCGCACGACCACCAACCCGCUCGCCUACUACCGCUGCGAACACUGCCUCACCUUCUACAGGCAUUCGGAGCGGGUGCCGGUGGUGGAGGUGAGCGCGGGCCUGCUGGAGAUCUGGGCCGACCACAGGGCGUGGGAGCAGCGCGAACGGCAGCGCGAGGUGGUGCUCCUGGGCCUGGCCCUGCUCGUCCUGGCCACCGUGGGGCUCUGCACCGCCCACGCCCUGCUCGCCUUGGUGCCCUCCGUGUCGCCCGUGUGGCUCGUCUUCGUCCCACUCGACCUGUGCGCUCUCCUCUUCGUCGCCCUGCGCUACACUCUCUCCGCCUUGUCAUCGCCGGCUUCGUCGUAG